AAGAUGAAGAGUGUAUCUAGUUUGUUGCUUCUCAGUUUGAGUCUUUGUGCUGCUGCUGUAGGUCCACCAGUCCAGGUAGUACUUCAAGAAAUAGAGUCUGUCAAUGGAUCUAAUGUGUCAAUGGGGUGUACUGGUCCACUAACAGUUACAGAUGGUGUUACAACAUGUGGUAGUUUAGGGAAUGGUGCCAUCAGCUAUCUGAUUGAUGGUGUCUCUCCUGAUAUUGACACAAGUACCUCUAACUGGGCAUCUCAGCUGGUGACAGUGAGGAGGAAUGAGGGAAAUGCUAAUAUCCCUUUCGAUCAUGUUCUGCUGACAUUUGGCUUUGACACAGCUGUGUCUCUGACUGGAAUUGAGAUGGACUUGUUCAACUGUUCUGACUUGAACAUUGGUUCUUCACGGAUCGUAGUGUAUCCAGUUGAAGAGUACAACUUGGUUUUCGAUAUUAGUAUAUAUCCCUUUACUCUCACAGAGCUAUUCAACUCAUCGUGUGACUCUCUAUCACAAGUUACCAUUCCAGGGGGAAUGUUCUGACAUCUGAUAAAAACUACCAAACAGUCCACAUUCUAG